UUUGCAAUUUGACAGGAAACCUGUUGCUUCCGGACGCUUUUGCAGGAAAAUCUUUUAAAUUUUUGCAAAUUUCGGGCUUUUCCUCCCUCUCAGGGCGUGAUAUUUGAUUGAAAUUCAGUGGAAAGUGUGUGUGUGAUGAUCUGGCGGAUGGAACUAAAGCAUGGACGUGAGUGCAAUGACGCGAAAACAUGAGAUAGCGGAGACUGCCCUACAACAACAACAACCGCAGAGUAUAAAUUGCAUUCUGGAGCUUCCGGAUGAGGAGGCAAGUCUCAGUGAGAUCACCAUUCAGAUUGACGAUGAAGUGCAAACGCUGUAUGUUGGGCCAGUGGAAAUUUUCCCCGAAAACGUGACGCGUGGAAGCAAAUCUCGCGCUCAGGCCGUGUCGACAAAGGGUGGUAGCCCAGGAGGCAGUGUGAAGCUGGAAUUGGAUUCAACGAAUGCAAGUGAUAGUGGUAUUGAGAACUGUGUGGAUGAAGUGAGUGAAUCCCUCAGGGGUGAGGACAAUAAGGAAGUGUGUGAGGUGAAAAGGAAGAAAGUUGGGAAGAGGACAAAGUUUGAAAUUGUUGAGCCUGGAAAGUCCGUUGUGACUCUGUACGCGUGUGAGGAGUGCAGUACAACAUUCACCCGUGAAUCCAGUCUCAUUUCGCAUCGGCAGCUCUUUCAUGGACCCACAGCUCUGACAAGGAAGCGUCAGAGAAAGCCACGAAAGACUUCAGCUGAAGCGGAAGAAUCUGAAAGGAGGGAGAAGAAAUUCGAGUGCCCUCAGUGUGAGAUGACCUUCAAGAUGGAUUGCUGGUUCAAGCGUCACCUGGUAAAGGCUCAUCAAAUGGACGAGGAACGUCCGGAGAAUACAAAAAUCUCCAUUGAGGCGAAGGAUUCAAAAGCAGGAAUUGUCAAGGAGGAAUAUGAGAUUUCAGCAAUGAAGACACUCACGCUGAAGAUAAAGAAGCGCCCGAAUAAAAGCCCCAAAGGGAGAAAAUCUCUGAGAACUUAUGCAGUUGGGAAGAGACUUCCGGAAGCAGCAGAUGAGAGUAAUUCCUCCAAUUCGGAUGAUGUCAAAUGCAACGAAUUAUCCGCCGCAAAGGAUCCCCUGAAGAGUGAAGAGAUUGAUUUGAAUUUGGAAUUUGAUGAGACUGACAUGUCACGCUUUGUGGCAGCAGCUGAGGAUGAUGACGAUGACACCCCGUACCUUGUGGAUGUCAUUGAUGAUGAAGAGCAGGAAGAGGAUGAGAGGGAAACGGAGGAAAUCCUUCCGGACACACCAGAUCCCCCGAGGAGGUACACAAAAUGCUCUCCGGAAUUUGUAGGACUCAAAAGUUCCCCCGAAGAGGUGGAAAGGAAGCCCCUGAUGAAGAAACUCAAGCUUCCGGACAUUCCGCUCGUUGCUCAAAUGUCCGGGAAUACAGCAAUGCUCCCCCUAAUGGAGGCAAAUGUGGAGAAAAAGGACAGCGAUGGGGAUGGAAAGAGGUUCUCCUGCACAAUCUGUGGGGCUGUCUUCUCACGCCGGUACUCCCUGGGGCCCCACAUGAUGAGAGUCCACACGAAGGAAAAAUCCAAAUCUUGUGCAAUCUGCGGGAGAACUUUCACGGCGACAGGAGAUCUAACGAGACAUGUUCGAACUCAUACGGGCGUUAAGCCGUUCAAGUGCAAUCAUCCCGGAUGCAGCUUCAGCUUUGCAUCCUCGGGGGAUCUGUACAAGCACACAAGACGUCACAGGCAGCAUGUGGAGCCAAUCCCAAAGCCACAUGUCUGCAGUGUUUGCCAGCGUGCUUUUGACCGUUCGUACGACCUGAAGCGUCACAUGGCACGCCAUAGGCUGUCAGAUCCCAACUUCAAGGGCUACGAAUGCGACAUUUGCCAUCGCAAAUUCAGCCGGAAGGACGAAUACAAGUCCCACAGCUUCCGGCAUAUGGGAUUCAAGCCGCACAAGUGCCAUGUCUGCGGGAAACCCUUUUCCGAUGCCAGCAACUGCGCCAAACAUGUCAAAGUUCACGGACCGCUGACCUUUGGGAGUCAGGAGGGGAAUCCUCUGGCUUGCCCUGUUUGCAAUGUUGGGUUCAAGAAUAAAACGGCUGUUUCACGGCACUUGGCUACCUGUUCCACACGCCUAGGUCCCGUCCAGAGUGUGCCACAGCCUGAGAUUGCAGCUACCUUCAUGUGAGUGGUUUUUACUCCCCCCUUUUCCCGGCUUUUCCACAAGAAAAUCUAGCUUUUUUUCUAGAAAAAAAAUCUGAUUCCAUUCCAUUUUUUUUCUUAAAGUUUUUUGCCUCUGAAAUUUUGCCACGAUUUCUUUAAUAAGAAUUUAAAAAAUCCUUCCGCAUUGUUCCAAAAGUAUUUUUUAAAAGAAAAGAUUUUUGAAAAGAUUUUUGUAGAGUUUGCUUAAAGAAUAUUCCUUCCCUUUAGAGCCGAAAAAAGACUUAAGAUUUAAGAAUUUUUAUAAUAAGUUUGAUGAAGGAUUUAGUGAGUUUAAAUAUCGUGUGUCCGUCUUUUGUAUGUUUUAAAUUUUUCAAUUUAUAAAAAUUUAAAAAAAGGGUGUUUUUUAUUGUAUAAUCAUAGGGAUGAAUAAAGUUAGAGUAGAGAAUCCUUGAUUUAUACUCACAAUGAGCAAUAUUUUUUAGCUUUUUUCUUGUAUUAUUCCCUCCAAAUAUUUUAUUUAAUUCACAAAAUAAAGAUUUUUUAGCUUAAGCUAGGCAAGUUUAGUUCCCCAGAAUUGAAAAAAAAAUCCCCUAAAUUUAAUUAUUCUAAAAGUAAAUAAAAGUUGAAUCCAAAAUUAAAUAUAAAAUAUAAGAAAACUUUUAGUCAGCAGAGUGCAUAUAUUACGAAUAAACAAUUUUAAAAUAUUUUUGUAUGAAAUACUGUAGUGAAGAUGAAGAAAUAUUGAAAAAUAUAUGAAAUAUAAAUUAAAAAUGGGAUAAAAA